UAGACUGGGGAGUAGUUAUCUCGACCGAAGUAGUGCGUUGCAUGCCUUUUAAUUUUUAAUACAUUUAAAUUAAAUAAAUAAUAAUAAAUAAUGCCUGGAAUGAUGGAAAAGGGUUCGGAGUACCUUGGGAAAGGCCGAUCGAACGGAACGAAAAGUCCUUCCAACGCCUCGAAUGGUCAUUUUUCUGACGAAAGCGGCAGCGACGACGAGCACGAUGUGGGGAUGCGAGUUGGGUCGGAAUACCAAGCAACCAUCCCAGAAUUUGAUCCCGGUUCCACAAAAUACAGUGAGAAGGACAGCGGCGGCAUGCUGGUGUGGUCCCCGCACCACGCGGUGGCGGAGAGUGAACUGGAUGAAUACAUCGCCAUUGCAAAAGAAAAGCACGGAUACAAUGUUGAACAGGCAUUGGGCAUGCUCUUCUGGCACAAACACAAUAUAGAGAAGUCUCUGGCAGACCUGCCAAACUUCACUCCGUUCCCAGAUGAGUGGACUGUGGAGGACAAGGUGCUGUUUGAGCAGGCUUUCAGCUUCCACGGGAAAAGCUUUCAUAGAAUUCAACAAAUGCUUCCAGACAAAUCCAUCUCCAGUCUGGUAAAAUACUACUACUCCUGGAAAAAGACACGUUCCAGGACAAGUCUGAUGGAUCGACAAGCAAGAAAGUUAGCAAGCCGAAAUCAGGAUGAAAGUGAUGAAGAAAUGGAAGAAGCCAAUCCCAUUGAAGCAAAUGACAGUGACUAUGACCCAACCAAGGAGACCAAGAAGGAGACUCAUGCUGAAGUCCCGCCCCCUGCCCCGAAGAUGGGCCUGGGCCGGAGGGAGCACCAGACCCUGCAGCACCGGCACCACUCCCAGAGGGCGAAGUGCCGCCCCCCCAAGGGCAUGUUCCUCACGCAGGAGGACGUAGUGGCUGUGUCCUGUAGCGCUGGCGCCGCUAACACUGUGCUCCGGCAGCUGGACAUGGAGCUGGUGUCGCUAAAGAGACAGGUCCAGAAUGCGAAGCAGCUGAACAGUGGGCUGAAGCACAGGAUGGAGGCUGGGAUCGAUGACUUCCGGCUGCCUGAGUGUAACCAGAAAGUUAAUGCCCGCUGGACCACAGAUGAACAGCUUCUUGCGGUUCAAGGGGUCCGGAAGUAUGGGAGAGACUUCCAGGCCAUUGCCGAUGUUAUCGGUAAUAAGACCGUGGGGCAGGUAAAGAACUUCUUUGUGAACUACCGGCGGCGCUUUAACUUGGAGGAGGUGCUGCAGGAGUGGGAGGCGGAGCAGGGGACACUGCGCCCCCGUGCUGACAGCGCCCCCCCUGGGCUGGAGGGGAAGAGCAGCUCCGGCACCCCGUCGGGAAAGAGCACAGACGAGGAGGAGGAGGAGGUGCUGCAUCCUAGUGUGUGUGUCAGUAUGGUGACUCUCUCUCUCUCUUUCCUGCAGGCUCCAGUCAGCCCAUCUCCAGGUCCUCAGACUCCAGCCCUGACCCAGCCCCCGCCCCUGCUGCGCCCUGCCCCCCCCGCCCCCCCUGCCACGCCCCCCCUGCUCAGGCACCCGCCCCCUCUGCAGCAACACCCCCGCACCUCCCUGACCCAGCCCCCGCCCCUCAUCCGGCCCGCCCACCCACCACCCCCCCGCCUCAACCCCCGCCCUGCCCCAACACCUGGCCCACAGCCCCCCACCCUGAUCCCGACCAGCCCCGAGCCCUCCCUGCACUGACACGCCCCAUACAGGCCCAGAGCCCUCCCUGCACUGAGACACGCCCCCUACAUGCCCUCCCUGCACUGAGACACGCCCCCUACAUGCCCAGAGCCCUCCCUGCACUGAGACACGCCCCCUACAUGCCCUCCCUGCACUGAGACACGCCCCCUACAUGCCCUCCCUGCACUGAGACACGCCCCCUACAUGCCCAGAGCCCUUCCUGCACUGAGACACGCCCCCUACAUGCCCUCCCUGCACUGAGACAUGCCCCCUACAGGCCCAGAGCCCUCCCUGCACUGAGACACGCCCCCUACAUGCCCAGAGCCCUCCCUGCACUGAGACACGCUCCCUACAUGCCCAGAGCCCUCCCUGCACUGAGACAAGCCCCCUACAGGCCCAGAGCCCUCCCUGCACUGAGACACGCCCCCUACAUGCCCUCCCUGCACUGAGACACGCUCCCUACAGGAUAUCAACCUGCCGGCUAAAGGACUUUUUUUCUCUUUUUUUCCUGCUGAUAAAACGUCAGAUGUUCCAGAAUGAUCUAUGCUGUUUGGGGAUGGCUUCCCUGCCUGGGCUUUCUUUAUAUUAGGAAAUGUCUUGAUUAUGGUGGAGUUCAUAUUAUGUAUAUUUUGGCAAAGUACUUUUUUUCUAUUUCUUUUCUAUUUAUUUUAGAAUUUUUUUAAUGUGUACCUGGCCCUGUAAUGGAUUUCUGUAGAAUAGAUGCUUGAUAAUGGAAUGUAGAUAUCCUCUCACACUGUUAAUGUAAGUAUAUGAAACCUAUUGAUGACAGCUGGCAGAGGAAUGUACCAAAACAAACACAAACACUAGAGUUCUGUAGCCUCUGCAGUGGACAGCGUGUAGCCUCAGGGGUGUGCUCUGUAUUUAAGGGCUCUGUCAUGCUCUUUCUCCUUUAGCAUUAGUUCUCUUCUGUAUAUAACUGGUUAUUUAUUUUUCUACUUGGUGCUAUGACCUCUGGCUAAUUUUGCCUGUGUGCAGAACUAUGACCACCAUAAAAGUGCUCUUAAGUACCUAAA